UUUUCUAGGUUUCUUCCUGAAUGAAGCCCAGCCUGAUAACCCUCCUCUCCUUCCUGCUCUACAAACACACAUUUCCUGGUUCCUCCCUUCAGAUCUGCACUCUGCAGACGGCUGGAAGAAGCUGACAGGAACCCGUUCACUGCAGGAACACAUGAUUUGGAGAUCAGAGCUCAGACUAGUCUCAUGUAAGAGGAAGUGGAAGUCAAACAGUCUGUGUGAGCCAGAGGAGAAAUGGAGCAGCAAAGAAAUCAGUCGGAUUCAGAGAAACUCUCUUGUUCCAUCUGUCUGGAUCUACUGAAGGAUCCGGUCUCUACUUCCUGUGGACACAGCUACUGCAUGGACUGUAUUAAAACACACUGGGAUGGAGAGGAUGGGAAGAGAAUCUACAGCUGCCCUCAGUGCAGGAAGAUUUUCAUAUCGAGGCCUGAACUGAAAAAAAACGUCACGUUGGCAGAUUUAGUGGAGGAUCUGAAGAAGACCAGACUCCAAGCUGCUGCUGAAGAUCUCUGCUAUGCUGGACCUGGAGAUGUGUCCUGUGAUUCCUGCACUGGGAGGAAACUGAAAGCUGUCAAGUCCUGUCUGCAGUGUCUGGUCUCUUUCUGUCAGCAACACCUCCAGCCUCACUAUCAAUCUGCUGCUUUUAAGAAACACCAGCUGGUGGAGCCCUCCAAGAACCUCCAGGAGAACAUCUGCUCUCAUCAUGAUAAGAUGAUGGAGAUUUUCUGUCUCACUGAUCAACAGUUGAUCUGUUUUCUCUGCACAAUGGAUGAACAUGAAGGACACAAAACCAUCUCAGCAGCAGCAGAAAGGAAGAAGAAGCAGAAGGAGGUGGAGGUGAGUCGACUGAAGGUCCAGCAGAGAAUCCAGGACAGACAGAAAGACGUGGAGCUGCUUCAACAGGAGCUGGAGGCCAUCAGAGUCUCUGCUGAUAAAACAGUGGAGGACAGUCAGGAGAUGUUCACCCAGAUGAUCCAUCUCCUCCAGAACAGACGGCGAGAUGUGGAGCAGCAGAUCAGAUCCCAGCAGAAGACGGAAGAGAGACGAGUCAAAGAGCUUGAGGAGAAGCUGGAGCAGGAGAUCAGGGAUCUGGAGAGGAAAGACGCUGAGCUGAAGCAGCUCUCAGAUACACCAGAUCACAGCCACUUCCUCCACAACUACCCCUCAGUGUCAGCACUCAGUGAGUCCAAACCCUUAUCCAACGUCAUCAUCCGUCCUCGGAGACACUUUGAGGACGUGACAGCAGCUGUGAAAGAGCUCAGAGAUCAUCUACAGGACAUUCUGAGGGACAUGUGGACAAACAUCUCACUGGCAAUCACUGAAGUGGAUGUUCUACUGUCAGAACCAGAACCAGAGACCAGAGAUGGAUUCUUAAAGUAUUCAAGAGAAAUCACUCUGGAUCCAAACACAGCAAACAAACAGCUGUUAUUAUCUGAAGGGAACAGAAAAGUAACAUUUAUGAGAGAAGACCAACGUUAUCCUGAUCAUCCAGACAGAUUUACUUAUUGGGAUCAGGUUCUGAGUAAAGAGAGUCUGACUGGACGUUGUUACUGGGAGGUGGAGUGGAGAGAAGGAGGAGUUGAAGUAUCAGUGGCAAAGAAGAAUAUCUGCAGAGAAGGAGACUCAGAUGAAAGUUCAUUUGGAAGAAAUGACAAAUCUUGGUCUUUAGAUUGUUCCACCAACAGUUAUGAAUUUUGGUACAACAACAUCUCCAUUCCAGUCUCUGGUCCUCAGUCCUCCAGAAUCGGAGUCUAUCUGGAUCACAGAGCAGGUAUUCUGUCUUUCUACAGCGUCUCUGAAACCAUGACUCUCCUCCACAGAGUCCAGACCACAUUCACUGAACCCAUACAUGCUGGAGUUUGGAUUUAUGGUGAUGGAACCACUGCAGAGUUCCUUAAAGUCAAAUAGAGUAAUUCCAGAGUCUGAGGGUCGGUUCAUGUUCAGCCCUGAUUUAAAUUCAUGAUUUGGGUCAAUCCAGAAUUGCAGAACAUUUGGGCUUCGAAAUAUUUAUCAUUUACAGUUUUCUGCUACAUAUUCAUCAAUAGGUAAUAAAUUAUCAAAGUCAUGAUUGGCUCAGCUUACACAUCAAUGGUAGCAUGUUUAUUCCAUGUUUUCUGUGUUUGCUAACCCUACUCUACUCACAGUAACAGGGUUGCUAAUCCAUGCUAAUGUGAUCUUUUUCUCAGCAGUAGAAGCUACAUAUUUAGCUAGCUGUUACUGCUGACCAAGAGGACAAACUGACUGAUGAAAUAAAGUAAAACAAAUGAGUCUGAUCCUGAUAAUAUGGGGCAGAGUGAGACAUUCAGUCACAUUUCAUUUGAACUGUUUUAUUUGAGAUUCAAUUUGGUCAUCAGUGGGGUGGGACAAGAGAAAAAUGUCAUUUUAGGUGGAACUCCAGACUUAUUUGGCAAUUCUAAAAACAUUUCAAACAUUCUUUUCCAUUAUUUUUUAGAUUUGGUCUGAGGGUAAGUAAAUUUACACAACAACUGCAUGUUUUAGUGUUUUGGAUUAUUUGAAAGUUGUUGUAAAAUGUCCUCCAGUUCUGGAAUGACCCUUACAUACAGUUUACUUCCAUUAAUCAGUGAGAUGAUGACGGAACUGUUUGGUUCUUUGAUAUUUUAGUCAUUUUUAAAUCUGCUGUCAGCUUUUAAAACAUGAACAUCUGGCCUUCAUGUGGCACCAGGAUGCCAGUAUAACCUGCCUGUAUCCUCAUUCUAAUAGUCUUUGGCCUUCAUGUGGCACCAGGAUGACAACAUUUGAACAUUAAGGAUGUGAUGUUGACUUUCAUAAAGGUGGAACUUCACGGUGAGGAUGAUGUUUUUGGUUCAGCAGCAUGUUGAGUCUCAUUUUACAGCAUCGGGACACAAUAACAGAUGUUUGAUGGAAGUUUAUGUUGUUUCCUGACAAGUUUUCUGUCUGAACUGCUGAGUGACAGUUUUUACAGGUGAAAUAUUCAAACAUCAACGACAAACAGAAAAUGUGCAUCUGAAUCAGCUGGACGCAUGAACUCACUAAAUUCACAUUUUAUUCUUUGUAUUUUAUUGUAAAUAUUUCCCUGUUUUCUCAUUUCACCUUCUCACAAACUAUUUAGCAGCUUAAAAAUGUCCUGAAAAUGUAACAGUGAAGGACUUUUAACGUCCUUCUGAAUCUGCUCUUUGCUUUCCUUUCAUUUACAUUCAUGUUUCUUCAACCUCAUGUUUAGUGAUGCAUUUAAGGAACCAGCUGAGGUGAAGGAAAAAUCAGCUUUUUCUUCAAAUGUGCACUUCAUUUCUCUUUCUCAGGGAUAUAUAUGUAGAGAAUGUGUUGGAUUUGUACUUUAUUAGUUUUUUCUGGGGACAAAUAACGACAUUUUAUUGCAGUCAGUCGUCAUUUAAUAAUCUGACUUGGUGAUUUUUAAUUUUGUUGGUG